CACACUAUUUUGAAUCGGCACAUGAAAACAUUUAAAGUGCAUAUGUUUUCUUGUUAUUCCGAGCUCUUUUGCGCUUCUGCUGCGUAUACAACCAGUCUGUGUUGGCCUGCAACCCGUGCGCCUGUGUUUAUGAUGCGGGGGUAUAAGGUGGGAAAAACGACUCUGACAACAGUCAACAGCCUGCUGCAUGACUCUCGCUCCCAAGCUGAGCAGCAGCUCUCCGUCUGAUUGGCUGAGGAGAGCUCGAGCUCCGAGUGGAGGCAAAGGAUGCGAGAGUGCUCGGGCAGUGCAUGGAGGAGAGAUGCGCGCAGGGGACGUCGGCGACACACAGAGCGCAUUGUUAUGCGCUGUUGCGGCACGUCUCUGAGCAGCUUUGCAACUUUCCAGCGCACGUCUGAAGCGCGACCAGUCCCCACGGAGCAGCUUAGGUGUGAUGUUUUGGCUCCGCGUUGCACAAGCCCAGCCGCUGCACACUCCCCCCGCCGCCGACACAUCCUCCGUGGAGCGAUGGGCUCCAAGUUAACCCGACAUAGAAGUCUGGAUUUGGAGAGCAAAUUGACCAGCAGGAGACACCCGCGGAAUGACCUGCCCAGGGAGGACGACAGGAGUGGCUCCAGGAGCGGCGGAGACUUCUUGUUUACGUCGCUCAUGCUCAGGUCCGACAAGCUGCCGGGGAUGCUGCGGAAAACCAACCAGAGCCCGUACGUCAGACGGGUGGCCUGGGUCCGGGAGAUCCAGAGGCUCCUCCGGGAGCAGAAGCUGGAGCAAGCAGGUGAAGUCCUCAAACUGCUGAGAAAGGAUUUGGGACUGCAGGGAUCAUCACUCAACGACAUUUUAUACAAGAACGCAGCUUUUCUCAACCUGGUGGACCCCAUUUCUCACGAGCUGCUGCUCAGUCUGGCCCGGGACCUGCAGUGCCCAAAAAGGGAGACUGAGUCAAUCAAAUCCACCAACAAGAUCUGCCGGCAGCUGAUUUACCACUUGACCCCUCACUCCAAGUGGACUAAGCAGAGCGUGCCCAGAAGGAAGUCCCAGGCCUGUUUGAAGACCACCCUGAAGAAGCGUCUGUCCGGUGAUGUGGUGAACUUGUCGGGGAUACCGCUGUCUGGACGUGACGUCCACCGUGUAGCCUUCUACCUUCAGACCUGUAGUGAGGCGGUGUCCGCUGUGGACCUGAGCUUCACCGAGCUGCAGGACGAGAGCUUACGCCUGCUGCUGCCCUGCCUGAGCCGCCUGCCCAAACUGACCACGCUAGCUGUCAACGGCAACCGCCUGACAGCCGGCAUACUGAAAGACCUGACGGAGACGGUGAAGGACCCCAGAAAGUUCCCCAGUCUGGCCUGGAUCGACAUGGGUAACAACGUGGACGUCUUCACCGUCCCACAGCCGCUGCUCGUGGCCCUGAGGCGCCGCUUUGGUCUCCGCAGCAGUCUUCCCACCAUCUAUGAGUACAGCGAGGCGCAGGCAUUCGGUAGGUACAACCCAAACAUGGAGACUUCUGUGGAGGAGCCCAGCCUGUUUGAGGAGGGGGAUGUGGAGGAAGACGACAGAGUGGGGGAGGAGGAGGAGGAAGAAGAGGACAGACUUGAGCUCCGAGCCUGGGGCUUCAGAGAAGAAAAUGUGUCAAAGAAUGCACUACACUUCUGUGGGAGGUGAUUGCCUAGGGCGGCUUUCUUUUAGACUGGCAGCCUCAUGUAACCUCAAGUCUAGCCUGCUCUGUCGGAGUGGCAGGAGAUGCCGACGCUGACCCACACAUUUCUCAAAAUAACUUUUCAAAUGAGUAACCGUGUUGUGUGUCCCUGUGGAUGCUCUGAAUAUUGCAGACACCUCUGUGCUUGUACGUGCUUGUCGGUAAGAAUAAAUUUGCAGAAUGAUUUA